GUCUUCCAUCUCUUACUACCAUAUGUUCUGUACAUAUGUGCUUGUGUGUAUGUGAUUUAAGAAUUAACAUUUGUCUCAUUAUAAAUGCGGAAAACAUGUAAAAAAGACUGUAAAUGAGACGAAACUACCGUUGAUUAAACUUCUCGCGCAAGUUUCUUUCGUCGUCUUUUUUUCCUUUCAGCGAAGAACAUGUAUGUUUCAUUUGCUAAAUUUCAAGUGUAGAAAGUGUAAAUAACAGCGACCGUGGCUGUGAGAACGGUGUCUGUGCGCGUGGAAGGAAGAAAGAAAGAAAGAAAGGGAGAGAGAGAGAGAGAAAGAUUCAUUACAAAACAAGACCCGCGCGCGUGCUAUACAUAAAGCAGAAGAACAUAAAGCAACAUAAAGAUGGAAGCGAUGGAUACGACGGUGAGUCCGCAUCCGAGAAGAAUGCACAAUAGUUACGAGGAUGAGGAAGAGCGGAAACACUUUCAAAGGAUCGUCGCCGCGUUCAGAUAUUACAAAACACACUCUCUGCUACGGGUAAGAAAAACGGAAUCCUACUUUCUCAAUCUACCAACGCAUCAUCAGAAACUUUUAUCAAAGUACAAGGAGCAUUUACAAGAAGUAAAACGAUGCAUUGAGAAUAAUGAUCAAAUUAUAAAACUUAUAAUAAAGGAUGUAGCCCAUAUAUUUGAAAAUGUAUGCCCAUCUACUGCGCAGAUUGACAGCAUAUUAAAUCCACGGUCUGUUAUGGCAGAUCAAGAGAAAGUUCAAGCCACCAUUAGGCAAUUGGUUCGGGAUUGGAGUGUGGAAGGUGCCGAAGAACGAAAAGCAUGCUAUCAACCAAUCAUAGACGAAGUAUUAUAUCAAUUCCCAUUAGAACAUUGUACGCCUUCGGACGUGCAUAUUUUAGUACCUGGCGCAGGACUGGGUCGACUCGCUUUCGAAAUUGCGAAACGCGGAUACACUUGUCAAGGAAAUGAAUUUUCCUUAUUUAUGUUGUUUGCAUCAAACUUUGUAUUAAAUAAAUGUAGGGAUGUAAACUUGUAUCAAGUACAUCCAUGGGUACAUCAGUACACAAAUAACUUGAAACCGGAACACCAAACACAAGCGGUUUCUUUUCCCGAUGUAAGCCCAAGCGAUCUUCCGGGAACGGCGCAAUUCUCUAUGACUGCGGGUGAUUUUCUAGAGGUUUAUACGGAAGACAAUCAUUGGGAUUGCGUCGCGACAUGUUUCUUCAUAGACUGUGCCAAUAAUGUUGUGCAAUUUAUCGAGACAAUUUAUAAAAUUCUGAAACCAGGCGGAAUUUGGAUAAAUCUCGGACCGCUAUUAUAUCAUUUUAGCGAUUUACCGAAUGAAGAAUCGAUCGAGCCGAGUUACGAUUCGAUCCGUGACGUUAUUCUAGGUUUUGGCUUUCAAUUGGAGAAGGAAAAAAUACAGGUGAAAACUCGUUAUGCUCAGAAUAUUAAUAGCAUGUUACAAUGCGAAUAUAAUAGUGUAUACUUUGUAUGUCGAAAACCUCAUGAACCUGAUACCAUAAAUCGGAACGGCGCUGCAAGUAAUGGUGCGCAAGAACAAGAGAAUUGAAUAAAGCAAAUUAUUUUACAUGUGAAGAGAAAAGAGAGAAAAACAUAUUGAACGCUGAAAAAUUAUUAUUUAAGUGCACUCGAAUUUCUCAGACUGUGGAAAUAGUUCUGCGACUGCAUAAUACAUAAGACUUAUACUUUUUCUUCUUUUUUUAUCCUUAUUUUGUCAAUUUAUUCAAGACUCAUUACAAACAAGUUUUCAGUGGUACUAUGAUAGAUUGUGGUUUCAGUAUUUUUACAAAAGCAAUAGCCAUUUUGUAAAAUUUAUCAAUGUACCAUAACUCCAGAGAUAUCUAAUCUAGGUAUAUUUUGUUCAUUGUAUUAUAAUUGAAAUCAAAAGUAUAUACUCUGACAAAGGUUUAGAAAUAUUUAAAAACCAGUGAUUCUCAUAUAUAACUACACACACAUAUAUA